AUGAGCACUAACAAUCGUGGAAAUCGAGGCGGUACCUUUUGGAGGGGAAAAGGACGUGGAAGAGGAUGGAGACCUUACAACAAACAACCCAAACCAGUGGGAAACAAAACGUUUGCCGGUAAUAGUAAUAAUAGUAAUGUAGGCAACAUUGUGUCGACGCCAAACUGUUCACGAAGUAGCCAGCAACAAGUAUCUGAUAUAUUUGAAGCAAUACCAUGUCCUUACAGUGGAUGGAAAUUGUAUCAUACCAAAGAGGCUUAUAAAGAAGGUUCCUCUACUGUAAUAAAAAUUCAAUCUGUUGAAAGAUUUAUAAGAAAGAAUAUUAAGUCUUACUCUGCUUCAGACAUUAUGGAACGGCGUGCAUUUGCAAUCGAUGUGAAGUCAUUAUUAGCUGAUGAGGAUUUCAAUGAAUCUUGGCCGACAUUUAAAGAAGAAUUGUUUGAGAAGCCUGAUUAUACAUUGAAUAACCUUGGCUUAGCAAUGCAUCAAGUUGCUGUGAAGGAAAUUGAAAAUAAAUUGAAAAGAAAGUUAAGUCAAGAUAAUGCCCCUCUUCCUGCUGUAAAUGUACCUAUAAUAAGAGCAAGAAUUACUGGAUAUGAACCUGUACUUCAACUGAAAAAUUUGAAGGCCAAUUAUUAUAAUAAAAUGGUGGCAAUUCAUGGAACAAUUAUUCGUGUGGGAAAUAUUAAGUUAUUGUGUGUAUGGCUGGCAUUUGAAUGUAUGUCAUGUCAUGGUCUUCAGUGCAUAAAACAACCAGAAGGGACAUAUACACCACCUACUAAAUGCAGAAGUGACAAAUGUAGGAGUCGACAAUUUCUUCCUUUGCAUUCAUCUCCUUACACUCAAACUGUCAAUUGGCAGUCUGUAAGAGUGCAAGAAAUAGUGGCAGAUGAUCAGAGAGAAGGUGGUCGUGUUCCGAGAACUAUUGAGUGUGAAUUGACCGAAGAUUUGUUGGACAGUUGCUUACCAGGAGAUGUAGUUUCUAUUAUAGGCGUGAUUAAAGUGCGUAAUAAUGAGGAGUUUAAAAAACAGAAGGCUCCUAGUAUGUUUUUGUUGUAUUUAGAAGGAGUGUCUGUUAUUAAUAGUAAAAGCCAUUCUCUUAGCUCAAGAAACUCUGCAAUGGGAGUUAAACUAGAUGGAAAAGAUUUCUGUGCAAUUAAGGAAAUCCGUUCCCAGCCAUCACUUUUCAGACUUCUUGUUCACUCUUUGUGUCCCACAAUUUAUGGGCAUGAACUAGUGAAAGCAGGAUUACUGUUGACAUUGUUUGGAGGUUCACAAAAACAUGCUGACAGUCGUUGUGAUCCACAUAUUCUGGUUGUUGGUGAUCCUGGAUUAGGUAAAUCUCAGAUGUUGCAAGCAUGCUCAAGUGUAGCUCCUCGAGGAGUGUAUGUUUGUGGAAAUACUUCUACCUCCACUGGUUUAACAGUUACUUUAACUCGUGAAUCUGGAGGAGAUUAUGCUUUAGAAGCAGGAGCUUUGGUUCUAGCUGAUCAAGGUUGUUGUUGCAUUGAUGAAUUUGACAAAAUGACAACACAACAUGCAGCAUUGUUGGAGGUUAUGGAACAACAGAGUGUUAGCAUAGCUAAGGCAGGAGUUGUGUGUUCACUUCCAGCACGUACAUCGAUUCUUGCAGCUGCCAAUCCUUCAGGUGGUCAUUACAACAGAGCAAAAACUGUUUCUGAGAAUUUACGAAUAGGUCCUGCUCUGCUUUCAAGAUUUGAUCUGGUAUUCAUUCUUCUCGACAAACCCAACGAACACUUGGAUAGUUUACUUUCAGAACAUGUUAUGGCUCUUCACUCUGGGAUGAAACAUGCUCUUAACCAAUCACUUUCUCAGUUAUCAGGAACAUCUAGAAAUUCCCAAAAUUCUGAAUCAGAUGAGAAACAGCUCUCGCUUGGAGAACGAUUGAAGUUGAGAUCGGGUGAAGCAAUUGAUCCUGUCCCCCAUCAGUUGUUGCGUAAAUAUCUUGCAUAUGCUCGAAAAUAUAUCCAUCCCAUUCUUUCAAGUGAAGCAGCUGAAGUAAUUCAAAAGUUUUACCUAGAACUUAGGAAAGAGCAUCAUACAAUGGACAGCACUCCUGUCACCACUCGACAGUUGGAAUCUCUUAUAAGACUUACAGAAGCUCGAGCAAAAGUUGAGUUGCGAGAAAACGUUACAGUGGAUGAUGCUCUUGAUGUUGUGGAGGUAAUGAGACACAGUUUAGUGGAUACUUAUAGUGAUGGAAUAAGUCUCGAUUUUCGGAGAUCACAAAAUGGUUCAGGACUGAGCAGCAAAAAUCAAGCUAAAAAGUUUAUUAAUGCUUUACAAAAGCGAGCAGACAUUCAGAAUAGGUCUGUAUUUUCUUCUCAGGAGUUGAAGGAGGUUUCUGAACUUUCUGGUGUCCAAGUAAGUGACUUUGGAAACUUUAUUUCCUCAUUGAAUGUUCAAGGUUUUCUUUUGAAAAAAGGUCCUAAAUUGUAUCAACUUCUCACAGUUGAUUAUUAA